GCUGCCGACCCGUCCGGUGUGCGCCUACAGUGAGGUGUUCGGAGACCCGGAGCAGGUGCGCAUGACCUCCGAGGGCUCCGACUGCCGCUGCAAGUGCAUCCUGCGGCCGCUGAGCAAGGACGCGUGCAGCCGGGUACGUAGCGGACGCGCCAGGGCGGAGGACGCGUUCGCCGUGGAGACCGUGAGUGCAGGCAGCGACUGCCGCUGCUCCUGCACCGCGCCGCCCGCCUCCCUCAACCCCUGCGAACGCGAGUGGAAGAUGGACAAGCUCAGGAAACAGGCGCCCGAGCUGCUCAAGCUGCAGUCCAUGGUGGACCUCCUGGAAGGCGCCCUCUACAGCGUGGACCUGAUGAAAGUGCACGCUUAUGUCCACAAGGUGGCCUCCCAGAUGAGUACGCUGGAGGAGAGCGUCAAGGCCAACCUGAGCCGGGAGAAUGAGGUGGUGAAGGAGAGUGUGCGGCACCUCAGCGAGCAGCUGCGGAGCUACGAGAACCGCUCGGCCACGGUGCUGAGGCUGCAGAAGGAGCUGUCAGGCCUGGGCCUGCAGUUGCUGCAGAGGGAUGCUGCUGCCACUGGUGCCCCAGCCCCAGGCCCGGGCCACAGGGCUCAGGACAUAGCUGGAGUGAAAGCCAAGGAUGCCAACAAAUAUGGCAGUGUGCAGAGCAGCCUUGUGGAUGGAGGCCUCCCCAGGCUGCCCAAGGAGAAGCUGUUGGCAGUGGAGAAGCCGAGGAAGGAGGGCGCCAAGGGCCGGCUCCCCCUGCCCACACCCAGGCCCCGCUCCCUGGCACAGCAGCGGGCGCUGAUCCGGGGUUUCACGUACUACAAGGCGGGCCGGCGGGAGGCACCUGUGGCUGUGGCAGACAACACCCUCAAAGAUGCUUCAUGGCUGGAGCAGCUGCCUCCCAAGGCAGAGAGCAAGUCCCCUGAGCCCACCUCCACAAAGCACAGUGAGGCUGCAUCUAAGGCUUCAGAGCAUGCCAACCUGGGCCCUGGCACCCCUAGCUCCAGCUCCAUCCUGACCACCACCACCACCACCACUCCAGCUCCCACCACCCAUCCCCUGCCCAGUGACCCACCUACACGCCUAGAAGUCCCAAGCCAAGGCAAGGAGGCUGGCUGCGAGGGCACCCUCCGGGCCGUGGACCCCCCAGUGAGGCACCACAGCUAUGGGCGCCACGAGGGGGCUUGGAUGAAGGACCCUGCAUCUCAGGACGACAGGAUCUAUGUCACCAACUACUACUAUGGAAACAGCCUGGUAGAGUUCCGCAAUCUGGAAAACUUCAAGCAAGGCCGCUGGAGUAACAUGUACAAGCUGCCUUACAACUGGAUCGGCACUGGCCACGUGGUGUACCAGGGUGCCUUCUACUACAACCGGGCCUUCACCAAGAACAUCAUCAAGUAUGACCUGCGCCAGCGCUUUGUAGCUUCCUGGGCCCUGCUGCCUGACGUGGUAUAUGAGGACACCACCCCCUGGAAGUGGCGCGGCCACUCGGACAUCGACUUUGCUGUGGACGAGAGUGGCCUGUGGGUCAUCUACCCCGUUGUGGACGAACUCGAUGAGGCCCAGUCCGAGGUGAUCGUGCUGAGCCGCCUGGAUCCCAGCGACCUCUCUGUGCACCGGGAGACAACGUGGAAGACACGGCUGCGGAGGAGCUCCUAUGGGAACUGCUUCCUGGUGUGUGGCAUCCUGUACGCCGUGGACACCUACAACCAGCACGAGGGCCAGGUUGCCUAUGCCUUUGACACUCACACAGGCACCGACGCACGGCCCCAGCUGCCCUUCCGCAAUGAGCAUGCCUACACCACCCAGGUCGACUACAACCCCCGGGAGCGCGUGUUGUACGCCUGGGACAAUGGCCACCAGCUCACCUAUGCCCUCCACUUCGUGGUCUGAGCAGGAGAGACAGGGUGGCUGGGGGUCCCCACCAGCUCCUGUGGCCAAGUCAGCAAGUAUUUAUUGGGGUGUCCAGAGCUGGGUGACAGGCCUGCAUGGUAGCCAUAAUAGCUCUUCCUCAGCACCCUUGGGGUGACACUGGCUUCUACUUACAAAGCAUCGAGUUUUACAUGCAAUCCCCCUUGUAGCCCUCCUGAUGCCUCCCUUGAGGUACGAACCAUAGCUCAUUUACAGCUAGGUGUGGUGGCCCAUGCCUGUAAUCCCAGCACUCUGGGGACUAAGGCAGAAGCAUUAUUGUGA